AUGAUUGUCUUGAUUUGUAGUCAUGUAACAAAACAGUCGUUGUGUGCGUUGAGUAGUGUAUCGAGUGCUCACAAUCAGGCGACUCAAAAUCAUGACGUUCAUGAUAAUCAGUUGAAGUAUAUGGAAGAGAAUUGUAUCGUUGUUGACACGAAUGACAAACCGAUACGACCCAUCACAAAACGUGAUGGUCACUUUCGCGAUCCAGUAUUACAUCGUGCAUUCAGUGUAUUUUUGUUCACGAAAUGUUCACGAAUGAUUCUGCAAAAACGCUCAGUACACAAAAUCACAUUUCCAUCGCUAUGGACGAACAGUUGCUGUAGUCAUCCGUUAUGGACGGUGAAUGAGAUGGCACCCGAUGGCGAUAGUUCGUUGGGAGUGUGCAAUGCGGCAAAACGAAAACUGAAACAUGAAUUGGGCAUUGAGGAUAUCGACAUUGCCUCGAUGAAUCUUGUAGUUGGAGUCGUUGAUAAUGCUAGCAAAGCGAGUAAUUGGCUUGGGUCGGUGAUGCGACGUUUCAUUUACAAGGCAAUGAGUGAUUCAGAAUGGGGUGAAUACGAACUCGAUUAUGUGAUUGUGGUACCGGAUUUUGACAUGGAUAAAGUCAAUAUCAAUACUGAAGAGGUGGAACAAAUUGCUGUUGUUGACCGCGAGAAGUUAAAGCAAAUGCUUGCGAGUUUAAGAUUCGGUCAGAUGUGUAUGUUAAAGUGGUGUUUGGGUCAUCAAUCAACAGCAACUAAUCCCGAAAUGCACACAAUUUGGAGUCGUGCGAAUGCGAUAUUUGCAUUCAUGAUAUCCGCACUGUCAGCAAUGGCAUUCUGUGUAUUCCUCACAUCGUUCCUGCAGGCUGGUCCAGUUGUUCCGGUUCAGUUAUCGGCCAGCAAUGUCCGAGUUAAAAGCGUGUCCGACUAUUCGGCGAACGGUGCACGUUCGGAUGUGGCAAUGGCCUAUCUGUCGAUAGAUGCGGAUUUGACGCCCAUAUUCAACUGGAACGUUAAGCAGUUGUUUUUGUAUCUGGUUGCUGAAUAUAGCUCACCUUCGAAUCCAGUGAAUCAAGUUGUUCUAUGGGAUAAAAUAGUGAUGCGUGGCGAUUUAUCGUCUCUUCAUGAGGAGAACUCAUGGCCGAAAUACUACUUCAUGGACGAUGGCAGCAAUCUGUUGAAUCAUCCGAAUGUGACGUUGGUUCUGAGGUGGAAUGUUCUACCGAAUAUUGGCUACUUGGGUUUAGCACAAGGAAACGGUCAACACAUCAUGAAAUUUCCAUCCACUUAUUAUACGGGACGUUUUUGA